UGUGUUUUACCGUGUCGUGAGGGUAAGUUUGGGAUGGCUGUGUGUGUGUGUGUGUGUGUGUGUGUGUGUGUGUGUGUGUGUGUGUUCCGUUAGAGAAUAUGAUAUAAGUUAAUGAUGGAUAAAUGGUGUGUGUGUGUGUGUGUGUGUGUGUGUGUGUGUGGCCGUGGGCGUCGAUACAGGUGAGCCUCCAUACACCUGUGGGAACACUCGGCAACGCCUCCUCCACCUUGACUCCUUCCUCCGCACACAAUCGAAAGUGAGGGGGCAGAAAAAGAAACCUCCGGAUUCUUAUCUUAAACCUUCCCACAGGUUAUCGUCCCCUUCACGCUACAUUCAGGUACACAAAGUUAUUCUUCGAGUGCCACUUCACCCUCAAAUAGGCGACCUCCCUCACCCUCGACUCGUGGUGUGGGCGGGUCUUGACGUAACACUUCCUUAGUCAUUCCUCAAACAUCUCUCAAGGCUGAGGUGGGGAAGGAAAAGCCCCUCAUUCACAUCCUUCAGCAAUACACUCCCCUUCCGUCCCUCAUCCAGAUGGUUGGUUAGUCAGUCAUUUCCACUUGACUAACUCACCGGAAAACAAACACAAACAAAUAAUGACCAGACGUUCGUAACACCUGCUUCAUCCCUCCCUAACAAUAGUCGGUCACGGAGGUCACGGUUACGCUGUCACAACCAUCCGCCGGCGAACGGGUUUUCUCAUUGGCUGACUGGUUCUGCAGUGCGGUGCUGCGAUUGGUCAAACCGCCGAACAGUUGCCAGUCAGUACCCUCAGAGUGGCAGUGACUGUGGCAGUGUGUCGGCAUCUGGCGUGGAGAGGAAGUAUGUGGAAGACGAGCGGCGGACUGGCACGGUGCUAUUGACAGAAGUAUUCCUGGUGUGUGUGUACAGUGAUUAGCUGAUGUGUUCCCGUGCUUGGUGUGUGGAGGCGGCGACGGGCAGCUCUUCCUCCUCGCUGUCACCUGAAGCCAUGCAGUACUGAGUCAGUGAGAAGAAGGAUUAAGUUUGUGGUGUGUUCCCCCUCCUUUUUUUAUAGCUCCACCUGCACCUCCACCACUACCACCAGGACAGUCCCCUUGCCACAGCUGCUUACUACCACCACCGCCACAUUACUCCCCGCAGCCGCUCGCCCCCGCCAGAAGCAGUUCAAUCAGUGCCUUAAUCCGCCCCACCUGGCACCAUGACAGUCGUGUACACGGAUAAAAUUGCAAGCAGAGGAGGAUUUGGGUCCUUCUGGAAGCUGCUAGCGAGAUGGCGGGGCAGCGUGUACAAGGUGGUGUGGCAGGACAUGCUGGCCUACCUCAUCUUCUACUACUUCAUCAACUUCAUCUACCGCUUCGCCCUCGACGAGACCCAUCAGAGGAACUUCGAGCAGCUGGUGAUCCACAUCGCCCGCUUCCGAGGCUUCAUCCCGCUGUCCCUGGUGCUGGGCUUCUACGUGUCCCUGGUGGUGAGCCGCUGGUGGGGCGUCUACCAGUGCAUCCCCUGGCCAGACAAGGCGGCCAUCAUCGUCGCCACCCAUCUCCCGGGGCAGAGUCCUGAGGUGAAGGAGGCAAGGCGGGACAUCCUUCGCUACAUCAACCUGACCAUCGCCCUGACCUUCAAGAUGGUGUCGCCCCCCGUGGCCCGAAAGCUCACCUCCCUCAACGCCUUCGUCUCUGCAGGCUAUCUGACGGAGGAAGAGAAGGGGAUCCUGGAUGACCUGGACGCGAAAUCCAAGCAACACAAGACGUGGGUGCCGGUGUUGUGGGCGUGCGAGCGAGCCGAGCAGGCCCGCAAGGACGGCCACCUCUCGGACCUGGGCCAGCGCGUCAUCAUGAGCGAGAUGUUGGAGCUGAGGGGCUGCUGCGGCUCCCUCAUGGGCUGGAACACAUACAAUGUCCCCCUCGUCUAUACCCAGGUGGUGACCCUGGCAGUGUAUUCCUUCUUCUUCUUCUCGCUGAUCGGGGAGCAGUUCCUCGAUCCCGCAAAAAAACACGAGGGGCACAACAUAGACCUCUACGUUCCCUUCUUUGCCUUCCUUCAGCUGUUUUUCUACAUCAGUUGGCUCAAGGUCGCUGAAGCCCUCCUCAACCCCUUCGGUGCUGACGACCACGACUUCGAGUUCGUCCCAAUGCUGACGCGACACCUGGAGAUGACCGCCCUUCUCUCGGAGCUGAGCCUGAAUCACAUCCCUAAGAAGGCGCCACAGGCGCACGAAGAAUCCACGAAACUGCAGUACAUCGACGACACCGCCCACUGUGACGUUGGGGAGUAUGAUCCGCUCACCCUGUGAGGGCAGCUCGCAGCCCCGCGCAGCAGCUGACGGGGCUGACUCAGGAUUUGUUCUGCACGCUGCUGGUGAAAUAUUAUUAAAUUUAGCCUCCUUGACGUCAGUACCGGUCAAGAGAGCAAACGCCUGGCAUUUUUACUUUUUAUUACAGACUUAAAUAUGACUUAAAUAUCUAGAAACUUCUUACUGUGCUCUGUUUUACGAGAAAUGAAUGCAUUUUUGGUCUUACAUGAGAUUCAAAUGAUGUAAUCUUAAGCAAAAAUAUAAGUGCCUUAGCUUUUUCAUAGUCUCUCCUAAAGCGAGCAACGUUUUCUAUGUGACAACGUCAUCGACAUGCUGGCUCUGGCUGGGGGUUAUGUUUGGGCUGCCCAGCUGAUAAUCACUCUCGUCCCCAGCUGCUCUGUGACAGGUGGCAACGUUGUUUAGGUAGUGCUGCUCAGAUCAAGUCUGUACUGUUUCUCUAAGAAACAUAUUUAUGUUUUGGAGGCGUUUCAUGGCCUGGCAAUGCUAUCCUGAACAUGUGGAGCAUGUGUGGAGGGUUUGUAAUGGUGCUGGCAUGUGCCUCAGCGGCUGACGAUUAUGCAUUGUGUCCUUUGUCCUGGUUAAGCCUAAACAAAGCGUGUAGUACUACGUCGUUGUAUAUUGCGUACUACUUUUGGCAGUGUACAACUGCAAGUGCAUUGCAUUUAUGUAAAGGUGAUGGGUAUUCACGUAAUACUCGGAGCUGAAUGAGUUUUGAAGCAUGUAGACUAAUUUUGUAACUAUUGCAACAUUAGGAAUAAAAUGAGUUUUCUUUAUUUUAUUAACUCUUCGUUGUUUACUGCGUUGCCAGAGUUGGGGUGUAACGAUGGGUCAUAAGUAAAUACUCAUUCCUUAGCGCAUCGCUGGUCACCCAUAUCCAUCCUUGUGUUCAAUCGGCCGCCUCGCCCAAGGCCCCGCGGCCCCAGCUCGCUCAAGGUCUUGUCGGGCGGGGCGCGGCGGGUCACGGCCUCCGGCAGCAGAAGACGCAGAAGACGCAGUAAAUUUUAGCUUAUAAUAUUUAUAGCAGACAUUUUAUAUCACAAAAGUAAAUAAAAACAAGUGGAAUUAUAAA